AUGUUUUAUCAAAUUACCGGUCAUCCAGGCCCUGAGACUGUGCCAUAUAAUUUUUCCUUCUUGGAUACCGUGCUUGAUGAGGAUAGGAGUCAAAUUUUACGGUAUUGGCAACAACUUCAUGAAGGUGCACCCCGUAUUGAGGUUACGUCGCGGCUCAAGCGUAUGUUUGUGCCACCAAAUGGGGUACCUGAUCACGCCUGUAUGUUAUCGCUGGCAUUUCCAUAUGUCGUUAAUGGUAAGGUGCAAUCGAUUAUGGUUUGCUCCACGGAUAUUUCUGAACUCAAAUGGGCGGAAGCAUCAGAAGCAAGAAAUGCCGCGGAAGCACGGGCGGCAAAACGUCAACAAGAAGAAUUCAUUGACAUUGUCUCUCACGAGAUGCGGAACCCACUUUCUGCUAUAUUCCAGUGUGCUGAUAUGAUCGCAAAUUCCUACAAGGAUGCAUCACAUAUAGAUGCCGCUGAAAUUUUGAAAAGCAAUGUUGAAGCGGCAAAUACCAUAGCCAUGUGCGCUAGUCAUCAAAAACGCAUUGUGGAUGAUGUCCUAACACUUUCAAAACUCAAAUAUAUGCUGCUGUCCAUAUCACCACGUCCUGCUCGCCCGGCGGAUCUUUUUGGGCAGCAAGUCGCCAAAAUGUUCGAAGCGGAUUUAUUGUCUCACGAAAUUUCAAUCAAAACACUAGCUCAACCUUCUUUCGCCUCAACUAAUAUUGACUGGGUCGUAUUUGACUCUUCGCGUGUCACCCAAAUAUUGAUAAAUUUGUUGACUAACGCGAUCAAGUUCACCCAAGGGGAAGCGAAAAGGAAUAUCACCAUCACUUAUGGUGCCACGCUGACUGAACCGGAGAAGAAUUUCGAUAAGGACUUUUACUGGGUACCUUGUGGUAGCAAAUUCGAAGACUUGACCCUCAAUCCUGAAUGGGGCUCCGGAGAACAAGUGUUCCUUACAUGCGCAGUCACCGAUACGGGAGUUGGCAUGCAUGCCGAAGAAAUUCCUCGUCUCUUUACGCGUUUCGAACAAGCCAAUGCGAAAACCUCUAUAAAGUAUGGCGGAUCUGGUUUAGGCUUAUUCAUUUCUCAACAACUUGCCGAGAAGCAAGGCGGGAGGAUCGGUCUAUCUUCAAAAUUAGGCCGGGGAAGUACUUUCGGAUUUUAUGUCAAAGCACGGCGUAGUAUUGAACCACCGAAAGAGACGCGGCCAGAUUUGACUCCUGCAUCGUCCGGAGGAUCUUCUUACGAUAAAUCGAAAGCAAUGCAAGUUCUAUUAGUCGAAGAUAACCUUGUCAACCAGAGACUAUUGAAAAGGCAAUUAGUAAGAGCCGGAUGCGUGGUAUACGUGGCCAAUCAUGGGUUAGAGGCUCUAGAAAUAUUAAGACAGUGUUCCUGCUGGCAUGAGCCAGUGAAAGAUGCAAAAGGUCUGGAUAUCAUACUCAUGGAUUGGGAAAUGCCGGUGAUGGACGGCCUCACCUGUAGUCGUGAGAUUAGAGCUUUGCAACAAUCUGGAAAGAUUGUAAGACAUCUCGAAAUUAUUGCCAUUACUGCUAAUGCCCGAGAAGAGCAGGUCCAAUUAGCAUUGCACAACGGGAUUAAUUUUGUUAUGUCGAAACCUUUUCUGGUCGCGGAUUUGCUUUCCAGAAUGAGAGAAAGACUUAGUGGGACAGAUGAUGGGACGACUUUUCAAUGA